UUGAGUUGUUUUGUUUAUUUCAUUACAUUUUAUCUUUAUAGUUAUUUAUCUUACUUGUGUGAGGUAUUUUAAACUGUUCAUCAGUUAUUGAAUCAUCAGAUCGGACUUACGUUGUGUUGUAUUCUGUUCAUGUUCCUUACAUUACCUUUUCCGAAAUAAAAUAACAGUGUGUUUUACUGGUAAGUAAGUGAGUACGUGAUGUGGGCGGAGGUACGCGUGAAGCAGGAGCCUGCGGGCGAGGUCGGGGCGCGCGGGGAGCCCGCAGAGCAGCGAGUGGACCAAGUGCAUGUGAAGAAGGAGCCAGAGUUCAAGGUUGAGGUGUCGUGUGAGAUGGAGCCCUGGAGCGAGCUGUACGCCGACCAUGUGGUCAAGGAUGAGCUCGUGCUGGGGCCGGAGCGCCCGCACCGCCCCGACGUUGGCCUCGUGGUGCGCGGCGCAAACUCCAACAAAUCUUGCUCCUUCAUUUCCGGCUCACCCCCUCCCAAGGACGAAGGUGACUCCAAAGGCAGGCGCGGCGGCCGCCGCCCACGGCCCGCCACGCAAGUGAUGCGCGCCUGGCAGUCGCGUCAUCCAUACCCUACUGUGGAGGAAAAGCGUGCUCUGGCGGCACAAACCGGGCUGACCUUAGUGCAAGUCGAUAAAUGGUUUGUCAACGCUCGAUAUAGCAUACGACUAAACCGCGCUGAUAAACCUGGCAGGAACUCCAAUAAUUCUUGCUCCUUCGUUUCCGGCUCACCCCCUCCCAAGGACAAAGGUGACUCCAAAGGCAGGCGCGUCGGCCGCCGCGCACGGCCCGCCACGCAAGUGAUGCGCGCCUGGCUGCUCCAGCAUCGAGUGCAUCCAUACCCUACUGUGGAGGAAACGCGUGCUCUGGCGGCACAAACCGGGCUGACCUUAGUGGAAGUCAGGAACUGGUUUAUCAACGCUCGUUGUCGCCUACGACUAAACCGCGCUGAUAAACCUGGCACAAACUCCAACAAUUCUUGCUCCUUCGUAUCCAGCUCAUCCCCUCCCAAGGACGAAGGUGACUCCAUCGACAAGCGAUGCGUCCUCCCGCGCCACGCCACGCAAGUGAUGCGCGCCUGGCUGGUCCAGCAUCGAGUGAAUCCAUACCCUACUGUGGAGGAAAAGCGUACCCUGGCGGCACAAACCGGGCUGACCUUAGUGCAAGUCAAGAACUGGUUUAUCAACGCUCGUCGUCGCAUCUUACGGCCUAAGUUGGAUUGCGCUGAUAAACCUGAUGAACCUAGACCGCGGCACAAGGCGGAAAAGCCGUACAUCAAAAAAAUUUUGCGUCUCUAUGUGUGAACGGCAUGUGUGGGUAAAGUGCUUAGGGCUGCCGGGAAGGCGAAGCCGAAGCUUGCCGAGGCCGGCCGAAGAGACACGACGAGCCGCCGGCCGCGUUAGAACCGGAAUACGUUAACAAACAAAACGUAUUAUGUUUUAUUUAGAUAAAGUUUGCGCUGCGGUAAUGAACAAAUAAAAAUUAAGAAGAUUAAGGGUCGGUUGCACCAAACUGUUCGUAUCGUUAAAGAGUUCGCUAAAUUUUUAUGUAUGGAAAAAGUUUCAUAGUAAAGCGUUAAACUGACGUUGAUCAGUCUGUCAAAUGUGGUUGGUGCAACUGGCCCUAAGAGAUUGGUUGACUCGACUUAACGACACACAAUCUAUCAUGAAAAUUGUCGUCUUUGACGUCUUUAAAUUUGUAUUGGUUUUUAACUAAUUGGAUUCGUAUAUUUUUAAUUAAUGUUGUGAAGGAGAAAAAUCUUACAUUAUAAAAAAGUAUUUUCAUUAAGUAAAACGAUUUUCAAACUUUGUUCAAUGACUGUUAUUCCUUCCUCAGAAAUAUCUCCUGACUCCUCAUUACCAGCUAGGUAAUGAGCGCUUCUAAAAAAUGUGAUAACCUGAUUCUUACAAAUCCGGACUUUCUUAGGCUCAUUCUGCUCAGAAUCGUCAGGAUUGUCUAUACUACCAUUAGAAAGAUGGCCUGCAAUGUCCGUUAAUUAAUUUAUUUUUUUACAUCACAUGUGAAAAAAAGCACUUAUAUGCGUGACGUAGUGGUAACUAAAAUUUUUGGAACUUUUUUUUAACGUUAGGAUUGAUUAUGCUAGUGAUUCUGAAUUGGAAGAACCAGGGUGUGUAGACAACGUGCCCAUCGCUAACGCUCCGUAGCGAACGAAACGCAACUGUCACUAUCACACUAAUAUGGAACAGUGAUAGAGAGACACAAAGCGAUUCGAUGGC